AUGGGCUCUCUUGCAGACUAUUCGGUGCCACAAGAGGCUAAGGCAGCCUUCAUCAGUGGGAUUUUGGAGAACCCUCUCAUGAAAGACAUCCCGAGUGAUCUAAAGUCUCUCGGGCAUCAUGUCAAGUUCGAGGGCACCAGCAGGCCUAGCAUUCCCGUUAAUUGGAAAUUCGCGGAAAGCAUUGCCGCAUUGAAGGCAUACGAGGCGACACUGGUUAAUCGAUUGAUUAUGAAGAAGUACAACAGUCAACCAGCAGAAGUCACUAUUAACACACAACUUGCGACCAACAUCUACAAGACCAAGGACGGAAAAUGCUACCAGAUGCACUCUGGCAUUAAUCCCGACCCAAUCCUCAAGACCGUCGGCAUGCCGGCCGACGGCGAGACGAUCGACACGUACGACGCUGUGGUCGAGCGCUUUGCGAAGGUCGUUGCGCAGUACAAUUGGAAGGAACUCGACGAGCUCCUUAACGAGAAGAAUAAACAUGAGGGGUGCAUUGCAUGGUCAUCUCAGGAGUACUUUGCCAGCGAGCAAGGCAAAGCGGUCGCACAUGUUGGACUCUACGAGAUCGCUAACGCUAAUGAUGCGUCCCAUACGGGAACUUGGUGGCCUGAGAAUGACCACCUUCCCUCGUCACCACAGAGGCCUCUCGCAGGCCUCAAGGUCGUCGACUUGUCUCGCAUCAUCGCAGGUCCCGCAGUCUCCCGCGGCCUCGCUGAGCUCGGGGCUAGUGUGAUGCGCGUUACGUCCCCCUACGUUACCGACAUGUCCGUCCUUCACCAGGAUCUCAACUGGGGCAAGUGGAACUGCCACUUGGAUCUUAAUAAUGAGGCGGACAAGGAGAAGCUGAGGGCCCUUAUUCGGGACGCCGACGUUGUUGUUGACGGCUACCGCCCCGGUGUGAUGCAAAAGCACGGUUUCGGUCGGGAGGACAUCUUCGACAUGGUUAAGGGCCGCACUCGGGGAAUUAUCCAUCUCCGCGAGAACUGCUAUGGGUGGCAUGGUCCUUGGAAGAGUCGUGGUGGGUGGCAGCAAGUUAGCGACGCGUGCUGCGGCGUUUCUUCUGCUUAUGGUCGGGCUAUGGGUCAUGAUGAGGCUGUGGUGCCAGCUUUCCCCGUGGCUGACUACGGUGUGGGUGUUCUGGACGCCUUGAUGAGACGGGCGGAGAGGGGCGGUAGCUAUGGCGUUGAUGUGGCGUUGAACUAUUACACCCAGUGGCUCAUCCGAUCUUGCGGUGAGUAUCCGGAGCCUGUAUGGAAGGAGCUCUGGAAGCGCCAUGGUUCACCGGUAUACAGGCAUUAUCAUGCUAUGCCGUAUACGGUGCCAGCCGUGGGGAAGCUUCUUUACCAGCAUGAUAUGGACACCCUCUUCCAAGAACAUUUCUUAGAGCCGCGGAGGUCGAAUGCCGUUGACGGUACUUUCAUGGUGGUAAAGCCUGUUGCUCAGUACGCCGACAAAGCUGUCGAUUUGAGAUUCAAUGUCGGCACGAGAGGCAACGGUGUUGACCAGCCGAUUUGGCCUGCGGAUCUUUCCGUUGAAGUUGUCAAGAACUAG